AACAUUUCAUCUUAGUACGAGGACUAGCAGGUAAGCCUACCAGCAAACAGGUGGUGAGUAAUCAAAACGUGUUGGGAGAGGUACACUCGGGGGGAGCUUUUUCUGUUGAUUACUUGAUUAGGAUUGAGUGAGAGAGUGUGAGCAAAAGCAAAGCAAAGGGCAUUUAAAAAACACAGAAAGCAAGAAGCAACGAAUUUAAGAGAAUCAAAUGCAUUUGUGGGUUACCAGUUCAACUUAUCCUCCGCAUCUCCGUUUCCCUGUAAAGAGCGAGGCUCAAGUGGAAGAAAUCAGGGUGUGCACCAAUCGUACCUGCCGGAGACAGGGCUCCAUGCAGACCUUCCACAUCCUCACGGCUCUGGCCCCGCCUGAUGUCUCCGUGAAGUCCUGCGGCUGCCUUGGCCGCUGCGGUGCUGGGCCCAACGUGGCCCUGCUGCCCGACGGCCAAAUAGUGGGGCAUUGCGGCACCGCGGCCGGAGCGGCGGAGCUUAUGGUUGGAUUGUGGCACGGAGGUGGCGUUGGUGAUGCUUGUAACAAGAGUAAGAGUAAGACUAGCCUGGAUGCUCUCGCUUUGAGAAUGAGAGCUGAGGCUCUAGUUGAUGAGGGCAAUUUCAGUGAGGCUGAGCGCUUGCUCUCCCAGGCUAUAGAUUUAAAACCAUUUGGUGGCGUUCACAUCCUUUACAAAAAAAGAUCUGUUGCUAGAUUGGCAAUCCACAAUUAUUCUGGGGCUCUUGAGGAUGCCGCCGAAUCUUUGACUUUAGCCCCCAACUAUGCCGGGGCUUAUAUUUGUCAAGGUGAUGCAUUCUUGGCUAUGGACCAAUACGAUGCAGCUCAAAAGUCAUAUUCAACAUGUUUGGAAAUAGACCCUUCUAUUCGUCGUUCCAAAUCAUUCAAGGUAGAGGAGCAAAUCAAGUGGGAACUCUACAAAGAGCUGGAGAUACUCGAUGGAGCUCACACUUUCAUUCUAUUUGUAGCUUGAUGAGAAUGUUUGAUGCAACAUGCACUGUUGUGGAAAGUAUUAUUGACAAAGGGGCCAGUUAUUCACAAAAAGGAUUUCACAGAAAAAGAAAGGCUUAUUUUGAGGUUACAAUUAAGGCAUUAUGAGCUCGAUAUACCUCAUCAUCAAAGUUUUGAAGAUAUUAAGACACUUUCUGAAUUGUGCCAAAGAUUAGCAGAAAUAGAAAAGUUAAAGAAUUAUCACUUGAUUGAUAGAUUAAUUCGCCUUAUUUUGACUAUUCCGGUUUCUACAGCAAUUACAGAGAGAGCCUUUUUAGCAAUGCAAAUUGUGAAAACAAAACUCCGAAACAAAUAGAUGAUGAGUUUCUUGCAUAU